AGCUUAUUUCAGACUUCCUCUCCACGUUGAGAAGUAGACACCGGCGAAAUUGUUGUACCAUUUGGAAUAUAUAAAUCGCAAUAAUGGUUUUAGAUAUUGAACUUUUUAGGGCAGAUAAAGGAGGAAAUCCUGACAAAAUCAAAGAAAACCAAGCCAAGCGUUUUAAAGACGUUACCUUGGUGGAUAAAGUAGUUGAAAAUGACACCCAGUGGAGAAAAAAAAGGUUUAGAGCCGACUUGCUGAAUAAACAGAAGAAUCUCUGUAGCAAAGUUAUAGGCGAGAAAAUGAAGGCAAAAGAGGCACAGGGUGAAGACAAAACAGUACCUGAUAAUAUCAAAGGAAACUUAGAAGAGUUCACCAAAGAGCAAAUUCAGGAUCUGACUGUAGUACAAAUCAAAGAACUCAAAAACCUGAUUGAUGAGCAGAUGAAAGUAAACGAUGCUGAGUUAAUUAAGCAUGAACAGGAAAGAAAUGAAGCUCUUAAAGAAAUAGGCAACCUUGUUCACGAGAGCUGCAUUAUCAGCAAUGAUGAGGAUGAGAAUGGAGUAGAGAGAACGUUUGGAGACUGCGAGACCAGAAAGAAGUACUCCCACGUAGAUUUAGUGGUCAUGGUAGAUGGGGUGGACACUGACCGGGGAUCAGUGACCUCCGGGGGGAGAGGAUACUACCUUAAGGGACCAUUGGUGUUUUUAGAACAGGCUCUUAUUAACCUAGCCAUGCAGACAUUACAUGUUAAGGGUUACGUCCCUUUGUACACACCGUUCUUCAUGAGGAAGGAAGUGAUGCAGGAAGUAGCCCAGCUCUCACAGUUUGAUGAAGAGCUCUACAAGGUUGUAGGGAAGGGCAGUGAGAAGUCGGAUGAUAAUACCUUAGAUGAGAAGUACCUGAUCGCCACCUCCGAGCAGCCAAUCGCUGCCUACCACCGAGACGAGUGGAUCCCCACCGAGAGCCUCCCCAUCAAGUACCUCGGCUACUCCACCUGCUUCAGACAGGAAGUGGGAUCACAUGGGAGGGAUACCAGGGGGAUCUUCAGGGUCCACCAGUUUGAAAAGGUAGAGCAGUUUGUGCUGACAACACCUUUUGAAAACAAGUCCUGGGAAAUGUUUGAGGAAAUGAUUCUGAAUGCAGAGGAAUUCAAUCAGUUACUUGGCAUUCCCUACAGAAUAGUCAAUAUUGUAUCAGGAGCAUUAAAUAAUGCAGCAGCUAAGAAGCUGGAUCUGGAAGCCUGGUUCCCCGCCUCUGGAGCUUUCCGUGAACUUGUCUCAUGUUCAAACUGUCUGGAUUACCAGGCGCGUAGACUCAAAGUACGAUAUGGACAGACCAAAAAGAUGAAUCAGGAGGCUGAUUAUGUCCACAUGCUCAAUGCCACUAUGUGUGCCACCACCAGAACAAUAUGUGCCAUUCUAGAAAACUACCAAGAGGAGGAUGGCGUAGUGAUACCAGAUGCCCUCAGGCAAUUCAUGCCACCAGGAUAUGAAGUAAAAAUUCCAUUUGUGAAGCCAGCCCCCAUUGACCAAGAGGAGAGCAAGAAAACAAAGAAACACAAAGAAGCCCAGAAAAAGAAGGAUAAGAAUGUGGCAGAGGGGGUGGAAAAGAUGGACCUUAACAAAUGAGUGCACUGCUUCAUUAGAACUUAUUUAUUUUCCUUGACUACGUCUGUGAUGGAUUGUGCUAUCAAACAUGUGUCUACUUCUGUUGAACUCUUGAGAACUUUCUGAUUUUACAAACAAUUUGUAUCUCUUUAUGUGGUACCUAAAAUGAUCAUGGGCAUUUUGAACAAAAAAUACCCAGGAUUAUUCACAUUAUUGUUUGGGCAAAAUGGUGAUAAUUACAUCGAAGAAAUAUGCAGGUUACAAAAUGUAAAUUGAUUUAUGAGGAAUGCUACAUGAAAACUUUGGUUUAUUUUUUAAGUACAUUGUAAUUCUAAGAAAAAGGUCUCAGAGGUAUUCUUAACAGGUACUAAGAAUUAUCAUAUCGUGAAAUUUAAAUGUUUAUGUAAGAGAGAAAGCACUGGCGCAAUUGUAAAAGUUGCUGAACUUUCUAAAAAAUGUUGCUUUACAAAUAUUUAAAACACAUUGUAUUUGUUUCUACUUAAUAUAAUGAAAAAUGAAUGGAUUUCUAUCAAUGUUUUAAGUGUGCUAGGAAAAGGAGGUACCUGUACAUGUACCGGUAUUGGUCAAUUUUACAAAGGAUAAAAUAAACCUAAGAGUCUUAA